AUGUCUUCUUAUUUUGCAGAUAUCGCGGAUACACCGCCCGACGCGGCUUUCUCUUUGGUAGCCGCAUUCGCCGCCGACAAGUUUGAGAGCAAGGUCGACCUUUGUCCCGGAUUCUACCGCGAUGAAAAUGCGCAACCAUGGGCCAAGCAGCUCCUCCAUGACGACCCUACCCUCAACCACGAGCACCUCCCGCUAUCCGGCCACCCCGACCUAAUCGCCGGCGCCCGCUCCCUCGUCUUCGGUCUCCCCGAAGCCGACCUCUCCCGCGUCGCCACGAUCCAAACCGUUUCCGGCACCGGCUCCAACCACCUAGGCGCGCGCUUCCUCUCCGACGAGCUCCCUGCUGCUACUGUUGCUGCUGCUGCCCCCGAAAAAGCACGUCGUCAGAAGAAGAGCGUCUGGAUAUCCAACCUCAGCUGGAUCAACCACACCGAGAUCUGGCUCAACGUCAACCCAGACAUCGCGCGCCGCACCUACCCCUACUACAACCCCACAACGCAGUCCCUCGACUACGCCGGCAUGCAGCACGCGCUGCUCCACGACGCGGCUGCCGGCGACGUCGUCGUGCUCCACGGCUGCGCGCACAACCCGACGGGGCUGGACCUGUCGCACGACCAGUGGCGCGGCAUCGCCGACAUCUGCGAGGAGAAGCGGCUGUUCCCCUUCUUCGACUUGGCGUACCAAGGCUUCGCAACCGGCAGCCUCGCCGCCGACGCCUGGCCCAUCCGGCACUUCCUCAGCCGGCCUGCCCUCGAGUUCUGCGUCGCGCAGUCCUUCUCCAAGAACUUCGGGCUCUACAGCGAGCGCGUCGGCGCGCUGCACGUCGUCACGCGGUCUGCGGAGAUAGCGGCACGCGUGUCCGGCAAGCUUAAGCGGCUGCAGCGGGCGGAGAUCACGACGCCGCCCGCAUUUGGAGCGAGGGUUGUGGCUAAGGUGCUCGGGGAUGCGGCGCUGUAUAAGCAGUGGGAGGAAGACUUGUUGAGGAUGAGUGGAAGGAUGAAGAGGAUGAGGGAGAGGCUGUAUGAGGAGUUGCAGGCGAGGGAGACGCCGGGGGAGUGGGAGCAUGUUUUGUCUGAGAUUGGGAUGUUCUCGAUGACCGGGUUGUCGCCGGCGCAGGUGAAGGUGCUGGUUGAGAAGUAUCACGUUUACCUGCUUCCGUCGGGACGGAUUUCGGUCACUGGGUUGACAGAGAUGAAUGUUGCUUACGUCGCUGAGGCAUUCGACAAAGUUUUGAGGUCUGUUGAUAGUACAGAAUGA